AACCUAAAGCUUGUUUUUGUUUGUUUUUUUCUUAUCUCCGCCGCCGUUAAUAAUUAAUCUGGGGUCCUGCGGGGAUUGGAUCCGUGUGUGUCGAGCUGUUCCUGGGUGUUAACGGCAGAAGAUCAGGGAGGGCUGGAGUGAUUUGAACCCGCCUCAAACACGUUCCCUGAUACCAUUCUGAGUCAGAGAUAUAUUACUGCGCUGGCGACACUGACACAAAGUAACAGCCGCGCGCAGUUGUGAUACAUUGUUUCAGUCCGGCGCGGUUUAGAACUCGUUGUUACAUUGUGACAUCGCGCCGCGCUGACUGUGAUACACUGUAUCUGCCGCGUCUGCUCUGAUGAUGGAGCGCUGGAAGGGGAGAGUAGCGCUGGUCACCGGAGCGUCUGUCGGGAUCGGAGCGGCUGUGGCUCGCGCUCUCGUGCAGCACGGCAUGAAGGUGGUCGGCUGCGCGCGGAACGUGGACAAGAUCGAGAAGCUGGCAGCCGAGUGUCAGAGCGCGGGAUACAGAGGCACUCUGAUCCCGUAUAAGUGUGAUCUGUGCAACGAGGAAGAGAUUCUGUCCAUGUUUUCAGCCAUCAAGACGCUGCAUCAGGGAGUGGACGUGUGCAUCAACAACGCCGGUCUGGCUCACAACGAACCGCUGCUCAGCGGAAGGACAGACGGCUGGAGGAAUAUGAUCGAUGUCAACAUACUCGCUCUGGCCAUCUGCACGCGUGAGGCCUACCAGUCCAUGAAGGAGAGACACGUGGAUGACGGACACAUCAUCAACAUCAACAGUAUGGGGGGUCACAGGAUGGUGCCCAGCGCUGACGAACACUUCUACUGCGCCACUAAAUACGCUGUGACCGCUGUGACAGAGGGACUGAGACAAGAGCUACGGGAGGCCAAAACACACAUCCGAGCCACGUGUAUAUCACCUGGAAUAGUGGAAACUGAAUUUGCCUUCCGGCAUCACAACAGCGAUCCGGAGAGAGCCGCGGCUGUUUAUGAAAGUAUAAAGUGUUUGAAAGCAGAAGACAUCGCCAGUGCCGUCACAUACGUCCUGAGCGCGCCUGCUCAUGUUCAGAUCGGUGACGUGCAGAUGCGGCCGGUGGAGCAAGUGUCAUAGAAACGGAUUGGGAACGGGACGACACCUGCCGGACAAAAAUAUGUAUAACACCUUGUUUUAAAGUACUGAUUGAAGGGAAUUGGUUUGGGUUUGCAGAUCAGAUCAAAUCGGAGAAGGCGGCGCUGUGUGGCUCGAUCUGACGCAACGCUCGGACCCUCGACAGCGUUGAAAUUCACAGAUGUAGCCUACACAGUCUGCUGCUGUCUCAAAUAUAAGGGGAAACUUUCAGGCUUUUCUAAAAACACACAAUGCCAGAAACUGGAACAAAAGAACGAAGAUUUAAUGUGUGUUACUGUCUGAUACGGUCAAGUGAGACCGGUUAUACCGAGACCAGUACGCCAUGAAUUGCAAUCAUUUUUGGUCUUUUUUUUUUUUUUAGGUCAUAUUACAUAUCAGUUUUAAGAGUGUGACGAUAAGAAACAGUCGCUCGGUGCCGGUGUAGUGCCGAAAUUUGCACCCUGCCAGAUUAUGCACCCCCUAGUAUUGGUAGGUUUAGGA